CAGUUCGCCAACGUGAUGAGGAUUAAUUUUGGGCAUUUAUGCUCUUCCAUAAAAUCCCAUGAUCCGCCACUGAUCCAUCUCUCUCUCUCUCUCUCUCUCCCGUGCAAAUAUCAUAGCUCAGAAAUGGGAAGUAUCGACAAUGAGCGAGAAGGUAUGAGCGAGAGCCAACCCUUGUUGCCGGAAUCGUCUCCAAACGGCCAGAGCAAGGACCUAGAGGACAGCAACAGGGACCUGAAGACCAAGGUCUGGAUCGAAACCAAGAAGCUAUGGCAGAUUGUCGGCCCUGCCAUCUUCAGCCGCGUCUCCGCCUACUCCAUGAACAUCAUCAGUCAGGCCUUCGCCGGGCACCUCGGCGAGGUCGAGCUCGCCGCCUUUUCCAUCGCCAACACCGUCAUCGUCGGCUUCAAUUUCGGUCUCCUGCUCGGGAUGGGGAGCGCGCUGGAGACGCUAUGCGGGCAGGCCUUCGGGGCGAAGCGGUACCGCAUGCUCGGCAUCUACAUGCAGCGGUCGUGGAUCGUCCUCUUCUGCUGCUGCUUCCUGCUGCUCCCCGUCUACGUGUUCGCCGCGCCUAUCAUGAGGCUGUUCGGCCAGCCCGAUGACGUGGCGGAGAUGACGGGCGUGGCGGCGGUGUGGAUGAUCCCGCUCCACUUCAGCUUCGCCUUCCAGUUCCCGCUCCAGCGGUUCCUCCAGUGCCAGCUCAAGAACGCGAUCACCGCGUGGACCUCGCUCGCCGCCCUCCUUUUCAACGUCCUCUUCAGCUGGCUUGCGGUCUACGUGUUCGGGUUCGGGAUCGUCGGGAUUUCGGUGGUGCUGGACAUCUCGUGGUGGAUCAUGGUCUUCGGGCUGUUCGGUUACACCUCCUGCGGGGGGUGCCCGUUGACGUGGUCCGGCUUCUCGACGGAGGCGUUCUCGGGGCUCUGGGAAUUCCUCAAGCUCUCGGCGGCUUCUGGGGUCAUGCUCUGCUUGGAAAACUGGUACUAUCGAAUACUGAUACUGCUCACCGGGUACUUACAAGAUGCGACUGUCGCAGUAGAUGCUUUGUCAAUCUGCAUGAGCAUCAAUGGUUGGGAGAUGAUGAUCCCACUCGCUUUCUUCGCUGCAACCGGGGUUCGGGUGGCGAACGAGCUGGGCGCCGGUAACGGCCAGCGUGCCAAGUUCGCGACCCAGGUCUCCGUGGUCCAAUCGACCAUAAUCGGCAUCUUCUUCUUUGUUCUGAUCAUGGUAUUUCACGAUAAGUUCGCAUACAUAUUCACGACGACCGAGGACGUCCUGGAAGAGGUCGACCAGCUCUCCCUCCUCUUAGGAGUCACGAUCCUCCUCAACAGUGUCCAACCGAUUCUGUCAGGAGUAGCCGUGGGAUCGGGAUGGCAAGCGUACGUCGCUUACAUAAACCUAGGAUGUUAUUACGUUGUCGGGCUCCCUCUCGGAUUAAUUUUGGGAUGGUGGGCUGGUUGGGGUGUUAAGGGCAUGUGGGGUGGGAUGAUAUUUGGCGGCACGGCGGUUCAGACAGUGGUCCUAGCUAUAAUAACUAUACGUUCAGAUUGGGAUAACGAGGCUAAGAAAGCUGCCGAGCGGGUGAACAAGUACUCUACCUCAAAGCCCGAAAACGAUGAACUAGAGGACAGUGCUGACGGAGAUAGCGGCAGCAGCUACCCUCGCGGUUAGGACUCUACUGCUGGGCGGUUGAAGCAUUGAGCAGCCGUCCAAGUCCACAUUAUGGUGAGCCUCCAUCGUAGGAUAACGCAAGCAAGCAAGCAACAACUCCAGGACAGAACAUGGGAAGGAACAUUUUGGUUUUAAUAAAAGCAAAUUUUCAAAGUUUUUCUGACCACAAAACAUUGGUCCCAAUUUUUUUUAAAUCUAAUCAUCAAUGCUUGAUAUGAUAUUUAAUUGGACUGGCUUAUUCAUGCCCA